AUGGGUGCGGGCAUGUCAUGGCUAUCCAACCUCCUAUGGGCAAAGAAGGAAAUUAGAAUAUUGAUCCUGGGCCUUGACAAUGCUGGCAAAACAACGCUUCUUUACAGGCUGAAGAUUGGCGAGGUAGUCACGACAAUACCCACCAUCGGCUUCAACGUCGAGUCAGUCACUUACAAGAAUCUCAAUUUUAACGUCUGGGAUCUCGGUGGCCAGACGAGUAUUCGGCCGUACUGGCGAUGCUACUACGCCAACACUGCGGCCGUGAUAUUUGUCGUCGACUCUACCGACAUUGAACGAUUGCAAACGGCGGCCGAGGAACUAGCGGCGAUGCUGAACGAGGAGGAGCUGAAGGAUGCGGCAUUGCUGGUCUUUGCCAACAAGCAAGAUCAGCCGGGCGCCAAGGGUGCGGGCGAAAUCUCGGAAGCUCUAAGACUCGGCGAGCUUCGAGACAGAAACUGGAGCAUAAUGGCCUGCUCUGCUGUCGACGGCAGCGGCAUUAACGAAGGCAUGGAUUGGCUGGUGCAAACCAUGAACCAGGAGUAA